GAGCGAUUGUUGUGUUGAGAAAUCAGUCUGUGUGAAACUGUUGAAGUGAACAGAAGUGAACAGAAAUAUAAUUGUCGCGAGAUAUGUAAAACUUGUCGUUGAGUGCUAUAUUUGAAAUUUAGAGAAAACGCAAGAACUGUCAUAUAAUAAAAACAAUACAUAUACGAAUUGCAACAAAGAAGGAAGAACUGCAUUUACAUUUUGUGAACCGCUUUAACAUUGUUGAAGUGUACCUUUAAUUGAAUUUUUAUCGAACUAUAUUUUGCAAAAUAUAACGCAAAAAGCAAAAGUUUAGUGUUCGUGCACGUCUUUUCAUACGAAUUAACAAAAUGACGACAUUAUCUUCACAUCCAAAUUAUGGCUUUCAUUUAAGUCAAGGUUUAGAUAUACACACGCCCGGCGAUUAUGCAUCUCAAACUAAUCUCGGUCGUAGCGAUAUGGAUAUAAAGCCCGUAAUGCAUUUCUCACAAACUGGUGGAUUAGCUGCAAUUUCGUCAGCGAUGGGUAGUUCACCCGUUGGCGGUCAUUCAGCUAGCAAUGGAAAUUCCAUUAUGGGCACAGCAAGCAUGGGACACAUGGGUGGCGGCAACGGAAGUAAUAUCCACAGCGGCUUGCAUCAUUUAAGUGGUGGCAUUCACAUGCAAGCUGCCGCCGGACAUCAAACAUUAUCCCCCAACUCGUCAAUUGGCUCUGCUGGCAGUAUAGGUAGUCAAGGUUCUUUGAGCCAUGGAGGUAAUAACGGAAGCAAUAGUAUGCACCAUCAUCCCACCUCUCCCGGUCAGGAGGGUCAUAUAAAACGGCCAAUGAAUGCGUUCAUGGUUUGGUCUCGCUUACAACGUCGUCAAAUAGCUAAAGACAAUCCAAAAAUGCAUAACUCUGAGAUUUCUAAGCGUCUCGGUGCGGAGUGGAAAUUGCUUCCGGACUCUGAAAAACGUCCUUUCAUCGACGAAGCCAAACGUUUACGAGCUCUUCACAUGAAAGAACAUCCAGAUUAUAAGUAUCGACCACGACGCAAACCAAAAAACCCCUUAACUGGUGGGCCACAGUCAAUACAAAUGCAGUCGGUGCAAGGACAACAGAAAUUAGGUGGUUGCGGUGGCGGUAGUGGAGCAUCGUAUAAUCCAUUCCAUCAAAUACCAACUUAUUUUGCAUCACAUCUGGAUCAACCAUAUCCGGUACCGUAUUUUAGUGGGUUCGAUCCUUUAGCGCUCUCUAAAUUGCAUCAGAGUCAAGCUGCCGCUGCUGCUGCAGCCACAAAUCAAUCACACAGUGUACUUGAAGCACAAAAAGCUCCACAAUUACCGCCAACAACAUUGAGCAGUUUUUAUUCUGGCAUCUAUUCUGGCAUAUCAGCACCCUCAUUGUAUGCUGCACAUUCAGCGAAUGCGGCAGCGGGACUUUACAAUUCCUCUUCGACUUCAUCACCAGGCUCCUCACCUGGUACACCAAAUGGUAUGGAAUCAUCAGUUUCCUCAGUGAUGGAUAAUACCCUGAGGCGGCCGGUACCGGUUUUGUACUAAAAUGACGUUAAGCUCGAAUUGUUAAAGGUUUAAUUAGUGUAUUAGUGUAAAUCAGUCCGUUUUUAUGUGUGUGAUCUUGUAAUAGUUUUUUCCCAUAUAAAAAACUUUAUCAAAAAAAAAAAUCAUAGACAUAUAAAGAUUUAUUACAUCAUCAUCAGUACCUAUAAAACAAUGUUAAGCGGAAUAAUUUUUAAGCCACAGACCACAGACCACAAAUAUUACGGCUAUUCAUCUAAAAGUAGAUGAGCCUGUCUGUUGAGUACAUAAUGUUACAAACGUCAAAAAUAUUUACUAAUUUUAAGGAUAGAAAUGUCAACGACUCGUGUACUUGAGUCAUAAAGUAAAAGUCGCUCAUUGAAAUUCAUCAGCCGUGCGAAGGCGGCUCAGGCUCAAAAGCUGUAGGUCUCUCUAUUUGUUGGAAAAUAUCAUUUAUUUUACUUUAAUUAUUUCACUGUAUAAGUUAUAAAAAAAAAACUCUUGUUCUUUAAAUGUUAUUUUCAUAAUAAAGCUAGUUUUAUCUAAAAAUAAUUGUAAAUAAAUAAUUUAUAAAGUUGUGUGAUUGCAGUGCUUCAUUCAUAUUUGUAUAUAUAAAUAUAUAGAUUAAAAUUAAAUAUAUAUGUAUAUAUAAAUAUAUAUAUAUAUGUUUAUUUAUAUGUAAAUGUAAAUGUAAGAAAUGAGUGGCGAGCUAUAAUAAAUUCGGCUAUACUCGCUUAAGCGAUAUCUAAGGCAGUAAAAAAGAAGAACGUGUGUAGAAUAGUAUUAUAACCUAAAAAAUAAAAAUAUUGAUUAAAUAAAAC